AGAGCUCAGCCAGGAAGUGAAUUGUGAGCACAGUCCAUGUGAUUUAGCUGUGUUACUGCCAGCUGUAGCUUUCCCAGUGCUCUCUGUAAGGACCUCAGUCUGAGUGCACUCACUCCUUAUAGCUCUAGACAUGUCUGCUUGUAAAGAAGUGAAGGUAGAAGGAUACCAGGCUUACUGCCAGGAGGUGGAGAAACACAAGGGAAAGCCAGUGUUUGCUUAUUUUUCUGGAAGUAAGAAUGCAGAUGGGGUGAGCUGGUGUCCAGACUGCGUGAAAGCCGAGCCAGUAGUACGUGGAGAACUCAAGAAUCUUCCUGAUGACGCAGUAUUUUUAUACUGCCAAGUUGGAGAGAGACCUUAUUGGAAAGACCCGAACAAUGAGUUUAAGCAAGUUCUAAAACUGACUGGUGUGCCAACCCUCCUCAAGUGUGGAACGACCCAGAAGUUAGUGGAAGAGCAGUGCCUUAAGGCUGAUCUAGUGCAAAUGAUGUUCACAGAGGACUAAAAUAAGAGCCGGUUUUGUAAACCUUCUCCAUUAUUAAUAUAUAGGAGAAACGGUUAAUGGCCUCCGCUGUGAUACAAAAAAAUAAAGCAGAAAUCGUUUAACCCUUUAAGGA